GCUUCACGUCCACUCCCGACGCUAUGGCUUUCAGCUCGCUCGCCAUAUGUCACCAAUGACGGAACCCCCACCUUGAAGUUCCAGCUGAACAACCAUCCCGCACACUUUUUGCCUCCUUGGAACUGGCACAACGCCGGAUAUUUGCAUAUCCUUCGCAUGCGAACGGAGGAACUGCCGGACUGCUUCUUGAAUCCUAGAACUCCACCACCUUGGUGGGUGUUAUCACGAGAUGGAACACAUCCACGGUAUUGACGUUAGCUGGAUGACCCAUGGUAAUCCGAAAGCAAUCAAGGCGGCAAAUCGCCAAAGAUCGCAAUCACAACAGGCUCGAGAAUCACAAGCUAGAGGAUCACAAGCUCAAGAAUCACCCGUGCCGAGUCCUGCCCCGUCUUCGCCCACCCCAUCCGCCACCAAUGGCCAGAAGGCCACACCUCCUGCUCCCACGGCCAGUACAACCGCUCCGAAACCGGUCCCUCUUUCGCGACCUAGCAGCUACCCAAGACCUGCAUCUGGCGAGAAGAACGCGUCUCCAACAGGAGCAUCGCCUCAACGGCGAAAUUCCUGGUUCUCCAGCCUUUCCUCCAAGUUCUCCAGCAACGCGGGUGGCCAGAGUCCUCCACAGGCCAAUAAUGCACCCGCGAAACAGGCCGAGCUCUCUGUCCCGAAAGCGAGUCCCAUCAAGAAUGCCGUUCUGCAGCCUGCCGCGAAGUAUGAAGGAGAGGGGCCGUAUACACCAGCGCCGCCAAAGUCGACGCCGGCCGGUCUCUUACAGGUCUUUCGUCGAUUGUCAACAAGCAGUAAUCUUGCCCCCAGCAUGAGGGGGAUCAAUCAUGGGCUCGUGGAGAGGAGAGUGCUCAACGUCAACCGUGACAGAGAGCGAUGUUCUAUAUCGGACCUGAAGCAAUCCAAGCUUCGGAGGGUCGCCUUCUGUGUUGAUGUUGAGGUUGCUCCAAUGCCAAAAUACGCAGACGCAGACGGAAACGGGGCUGGUGUGUCGGAGAAGACCUGGCCCAAAGACGAUAAGUCUCAGAAGCGGAAGAUAGCCGAGAAGGGCGAGGGUGAGGCCCUCAAGCACCCAAAGGCUGUCGAGGAGCAGAAAGAGGACGAUGGGGAAGUAAAGGCGACGGGGGAACGACUUCCCAAGGAGCCGGAGAAGGAGGGGACCGAGCCGUGCAAAGAGGCACCUGCGGCAGAGGCUAAGGGUCCUGUCUCAGAGGCUGUUCCAACACAGAAGACUACAGACACCAAGAAGAAGGACAAGAAGAAAAAGAGCGAAGAGGAAAGAAAAACGAGGAAAGAGAAGAAGCGGAGGCUUGCAGAAGCUAAUGGCACGAUUCCGAUGGAAAUCCACUUCGACAGUGACUCGUCCGAGUCGUCUACACCUACUUCAGAGGGGCCGAGACCGCAGAACAUGCCGACGACAAACCCCGUUCGGAUAUACCGCCGAUGCUGCCAGCUCCGCGAAACACCCAUCCUCAAGAAAAUAACUGAGCAGCUUAUGGACACUGCCAACUUCUCUGCCGAGUCUGGUAUGGUGGAGAAGCUGGAUCUCACCGGAUAUUGGAUGCAGCUCGCCGACCUUGUUACUCUAGGAGACUACCUGGCUGUCGUUCCUGUCAAGGAGGUUAUCCUAGAAAACUGUGGCCUCACAGACGAGGGCCUUAGGGUUGUCCUCGCAGGGCUCUUAGCAGUCAGGAAGUCGGAGAGCAGGAGGCGAAAGAAACCCAUCAGCCCGGACGAUCUCUCGUCGCAAGGCGGAGUCGUGGAACGGCUUGUUUUGAAGAACAACAAGUUCGGGCCCGAGGGGUGGAAGCAUCUCUCUCUCUUCAUCUAUCUCUGUCGGUCUCUGAAAAUCCUGGACCUGUCGAGCAUACCUUUUCCCCAACCGUCGAAGCGUGCAGGCACCCAAGCAAACGGAACGCCUAGCCAUCCGAACCUCUGCCAGCUUUUCGCAAGAUCAUUACGUGAUCGUCUAGGCGGCUCGACGCUUGGCCUCCUCAGUCUAGGAGAGACCGGCCUAAGCACUGAACAGUUGGGUUCUGUGGUUGACGGCGUUAUCGAGUGCGGAGUCAAGAGACUAGGCGUGGCACAUAACAACAUCGACGCCGAAGGAGUCCAGCAUAUAGCUAAAUAUCUCCGCAGCGGCAAAUGUGAGGGGCUUGACCUGGGCGGUAACGACAUGCGAGAUCAGCUAGAAGUUCUUGCAGACGCCCUCACCGAGUCAUGUCAUCUUGGGGCUCUGAGCCUAGCCGAGUGCAAUCUCGAGCCAUCCUCGCUGAGCAGGUUGCUUCCGAAGCUUGCCAAGCUCCAAAACUUCCGCUUCCUCGAUCUCUCACACAAUCGCGAACUAUUUGACUCGGGCCGCGGCGCGAUUUCGGCUUUAAGAAGAUAUCUGCCAAAGUUCGCCACUCUGAAGCGUAUCCACCUUGCCGACUGUGCUAUGAGUCCCGAGCAGGCAAUCGCCCUGGCCGAGGUCUUGCCAGAGAUUCCAGGCCUCGCCCACAUCAGCUUCCUGCAGAACCCCAAGAUUGCCCACCUGACGAACACGAAGACGGAAGAGGCCCAGGAGGAAGCGUUCGCACUGUUCGCCUCCCUCCUUGCAGCAACGAGGUUAUCAACCGGCAUUGUAUGCAUCGACAUUGAGGUUCCUGGCGAACAGUCGAGUGAUCUCCUCAAAGCGAUGGCUAAACAAGUCGUUGCGUACUGCCUGCGCAACAUGGAACGUCUUCCCGUGUCCGAACUUGCUGCAGCCACGCUGGCUCAGACCGAGGCGUCUGCGAGGCAUGAUGCGCAAUAUCCAGACGUGCUCCAGCACUUGGUUGGCCGCGAUGUAAAUGGGCCGCCUGAGCUCGACACCGACCUUGAGGUUGCACCUGACGACGACUAUGUCAUCGGAGGCACCGGUGUCGUCAAGGCCCUGACUUGUUGCUUACAGAAUAGGGGCGAUGAGUCGAGGAGACAGUCUGGAGAAUUCACAAAGGACCUGGAGAACGGCACACCGAUAUCGAAGCCAAGGGUGUCACCAGGUAAAGCAAAGGAUAUGUCCAAACACCUUCUCUCGACCGCGAGGAAGAUCAGGCUGCGGUUGCAACCGGCCCUCGUAAAGGCAAAGGAGACGCCUGGCGAGGAUGCGCACGCCUACCAACGUCUACUCUUCCUCGACAACAUCCUCAAGGGGAUUAUCAAACGAUUCGAGGAUGAAUUCCCCGAGACUCGGGAACCUACCGAUAGCGCCGUCGCCAUAUCACUGGAGGCCCAACCCGGCCAGGUGCUCGGGUCUUCACCAUCCUCGACCGAUGCUGACUUGUUCCCCCCCGCGAUUUUGUCCGACGCGGAGGACGAACCGGACUACACCAUCAAGUCCCCGUCCCUGUCACGGUCAAACUCUGUCAUCAGCACGACGUCCAAGGCCCUUGCCAACGAGGAAGGCAGGGUUCUGCGGGCCGGUCACAAGUUCCGCUCCGGCAUCGUCAAGCCCGAGGCCUACAUGCUGCUGUCGGGCGUGGAGAUGGUCGGCGCCGACCCCAACCACGUGCGUGUGCUGCACGAGAUGCUGGGCGAGCUGGGCGACGAGGAGCUCCUCCGGAAGGCGGACGAGAUAGGGCCUGUGCGUGUCUUCCAGGAAGACAAGGACCUCAUCUUGCAUCAACUCCGGGAAGCGGACCCGGAGCACUGGGAGCGCUUCGCGGAGAGCCAGGAGAUGGCGAGGAAGAACGUCAAGUUGGACGAGGACAAAUGCCCAAAAUCCCCGGUCAACGGUGCCGCGGUUAUGGAGGGGGACAAGCCAGAUCAAGUCAGCGAGGAGGCAGUUGUGGUGGACUGAGGUGGCCCGCUCGGUUUUUUGGGACACGCGCCUCGAAUACUGCUUGGUUUGUGGUGCACUGUACAUAGUUUCGGGUUGCAAGUCAUGUUUUAAUUGGCGGGGGCGUCUCUGGAUGAAAGGCGCCGCGUUCGAAGGCGACCCUUCUUUUUUGCGAUUUCUUGGGAAAGGCGAUCAUUACUGCCGCGAGUCACGGCAUGUCAAGAAUACCACUGCGUUGCUUUCGCCACGCUUCUGGAAGGAGCUGCUGCUGCAGAGCAGUUGAUGGGGUAUAAUAUUCAUUUAGCGUUUUAGCCUACCUAUGUACUGUCGGAAAUGAGAAUUGACGGCUCUUGGAUUGUCCCAGGGGCAGUGAUACUCGUCUUGCUCGCACGAAGGUCUGAUGUACGGAGGCAAAUGUGACUUCGACAUAGUGUAGGUAGGUGGUAGGUAGGUAGGCAUUCGCACAGGACAUUGGACUGAAGAUCGGGUAAGCAGGCAG